GUCUGUUGAGCUUCAAUGAGUGCCCUCAAAUUCCUUGGCGAAGAUGGUUUUUGUCGUUUGGUGAAGAUGGAAAGCCCAUCCACAUACCUUUUUCAUCCCCAACAGCUCCAAAAAAUUUGGAUUCAAACAAUGAAGGGAGGGCAAUUUGUUUUGAUAUUUUUGGUUGCUUUUAUUCCAAUAAUUUAUGGUAAGAAUGUUACGAUGGGUAAAAUUGUGGUAGAUGGAACUAUAAGAAAAGCACAAACAGAUGAGAAUUAUAUUUGUAUGACUAUUGAUUAUUGGCCUUUUAAUGAGUGUUCUACACUUCCUUGUCUUUGGGAUGGAAAUGCAUCAGCACUCAUUUUGAACUUGUCUCUUCCUACACUUACCAAGGCUGUGCAAGCUUUCAAGACUCUUAGGAUUAGAGUAGGAGGCUCUUUGCAAGACAAAUUGAUUUAUGAUGUUGGGAGCUUCAAGGGCAAUUGCCCUCAAUUUGCAAGAAAUAGCUCUGCAUUGUUUCAAAUCAGCGAUGGUUGUUUGUCUAUGGAACGGUGGGAUGAUUUGAACCAAUUUUUCAACAAGACAGGGGCAAUAGUGACUUUUGGCUUGAAUGCCCUCCUGGGAAGGCACCAUACUACAGGAUUGCAAUGGGAAGGGGAUUGGAACUACACUAAUGCAGAGGCAUUUAUUCAAUACACGAUUGAGAAGAAUUAUCGAAUCAAUUCAUGGGAGUUCGGUAAUGAAAUGGUUGGUCAUAAUAGUAUCGGGGCAAAUGUUACUUCUGCACAAUAUGAAAAGGAUUUGAUCAAGCUUAGGGAAAUUAUUGAUCGUUUGUACAAUAACUCCCAACAAAAGGCAUCGAUAGCAGCCCCAAGUGCAUUUUUUUAUGCCCCAUGGUAUAAAGAUUUUGUUAAUGGAACAGGUCCAGGCAUUGUAGACAUUCUCACUCAUCACAUAUAUAAUAUGGGUGCAGGAGAUGACCCUAAGGUAAUCAAUAAUUUUGUGGAUCCUAACUAUCUUAGCAAAGAAUCAAAGGAUUUCCAACAACUUAAGAACAUAGUCGAAAACGAUGCCCCUUGGUCUGUUGCUUGGGUUGGAGAAGCUGGUGGAACCUUUCAUGGUGGCAGUCCUUAUAUUUCUAAUACAUUUGUUGAUGGAUUUUGGUACAUAGAUCAACUUGCAAUGGCUGCUUUGUACAAUACCAAAGUAUAUUGUAGACAAACUUUAGUAGGUGGAUUUUAUGGUAUUCUCUUACCCCAUACUCUAGCCCCUUCUCCAGAUUACUACGGAGCUCUUCUCUUUCACCGACUUAUGGGAUCCGGUGUUCUCAAAGUUGACAAUAACGUCUCUUCUUAUUUGCGUACUUAUGCUCAUUGCAGUAAAGAAAGAAGUGGUGUAACCAUGCUUUUCAUUAAUCUAAGCAAUGAAACGGAGUUCACAGUUGACAUUGAAAACAACAUGAUGAGCACGAGUUUGGCUGAUAAGGCAAGUCAAAGGGAAGAAUAUCAUUUGAUUCCAAAUAAUGGGUUAGUUAGAAGUUCAACAGUGCUUUUGAAUGGAAAUCUAUUGGAAACCACAGAAGAUGGAGAUUUACCAGAUCUUACGCCUAUUUAUCGUGAUAGUAAUUCUUCUAUUACUAUUGCUACUUGGUCCAUUGUUUUUGUUGUCAUCCCUCAUUUUGAAGCCUCAGCUUGCAAAUAAGCUUUGUCAGUCAGAUCCCAAGCUUGGUGUCCAUUUCAUUCACUCUUCUUCUGGGACUUUUCUAGCGUCUACUAAGCAAUAACUUUUUUGUGGUGUGUUUUGAAACAAUGCCAAGAUGACAUAUUUGUAGCAUUUUAAUUUCUUUAUCACCUCCUUUUUGUCAUUUCUUCUUGGAUAUGUGUGCUUGUAGCAGUGAUUUUGAAUGAAAAAAAACAAUCUUAAUGGUUUCAAUCGUGUGUUGUUGUACUUCAAUUGUAAGUGGGAAUAUAUAGAGAUAUACAACUCUACAAUCAAUAACCGAUAUUGCUUGUUA